GCGGUGAGCACCACAUGAACCAACCAUCAGUGCGCGCGGGUCGGUCGCGCGCGGUGGUUGGUCGUGUCGAGUUACCGGUGAAUCUGUCGCGAGUGUCGCGUGUGCGCGUGUGAGAUAAAGCGAGAUGGCGAGCCAAGACGACAUCGGCAUCGGCGAUUUCGUGUUGCUGGACGAGAUUACGGUCGAUCGCGUGGUGGAGAAUCUCAAGACGAGAUUUAAUGGAGGGAAGAUUUAUACGUACAUCGGCGAAGUAUGCGUUAGUGUGAAUCCUUAUAGAAGCACUAACAUUUACGAUGCAGACCAUAUUAAUAAGUACAAAGGUAGAGAAUUGUUUGAAAAUCCGCCGCACAUCUUCGCGAUCGCGGAUGCAGUGCAUAAAGAGAUGAAGCAACAGGGCAGAGACACUUGUAUAGUGAUAAGCGGCGAAUCAGGCUCCGGUAAAACGGAAGCUAGCAAAAUCAUUAUGAAAUAUAUCGCUGCCGUGACAAAUUUAAGCGGACAACAAGAAAUCGAGAGGGUAAAGAAUAUUCUCAUUCAAUCGAACUCGAUAUUGGAAGCUUUCGGCAAUGCCAAGACAAAUAGGAACGAUAACUCGUCACGGUUCGGAAAGUAUAUGGAUAUCAAUUUUGAUUUCAAAGGAGACCCUGUUGGCGGUCAUGUAACCAAUUAUCUCCUUGAGAAAUCACGGGUGGUGUAUCAACAAAGGGGAGAACGCAACUUUCAUUGCUUUUAUCAGUUAUUAAAUGGCUGUAGCGAGGCCGAAUUGAACAAGCUACGUUUGGUUCGCGAUCCGGCCGCCUACUACUUUGUCAGUAACGGAAGCAAUAAUAAAACGUCCAUCUCCGACAGAGGUGACUAUAAAACCGUUUGCACUGCCAUGACCACCCUCGGAUUCUCCCCGAAUGAGACGCAGACCGUAUGGAAUAUCAUUGCUGGUAUCUUGCAUUUGGGUAACGUCACUUUCAGGUUGGAUGACGAUAAGCUCAUAAUUGAAAAUAACAGUGCUUUAAAUGACACCGCUAAAUUGUUCUCUAUAAGUUCGAAAGAUCUGAGCACUGCUCUUUCACAAAGAGUCAUAGCGGCGGGUGGAGAAGUCAUGCAGAAGACUCACACUUUAAUAGAAGCCGAGUAUGGCCGAGAUGCUCUGGCAAAGGCUAUAUAUGAACGAUUGUUCACGUGGAUAGUGUCGCGGGUAAAUGAUUCGAUAAACGUGAAUGACAACAACAAGAUAAAGAGAUACGGAACGCUGAUCAGUGUACUUGACAUCUAUGGCUUCGAAAUCUUCGACAUGAAUAGUUUUGAACAAUUUUGCAUCAAUUAUUGCAACGAGAAACUGCAACAGCUCUUCAUUGAGUUGGUGCUGAAACAAGAGCAAGAGGAAUAUCAGAAGGAAGGAAUUGCUUGGCAAAACAUUGAAUACUUCAACAAUCAGAUUAUUUGCGAUUUAGUUGAACAAUCUCAUAAGGGAAUUAUAGCGAUCAUGGAUGAAGCUUGUCUCAAUGUCGGGAAAGUUACUGACGAAAUACUUCUCAAUGCAAUGGAUAAAAAACUAGCAGAUCAUAAACACUAUAGUUCCCGACAAUUAAAGCCAAUGGAUAAAGAGUUGGAACAUAGAACACAAUUCAAGGUCAAACACUAUGCCGGUGAUGUGAUUUACAAUAUCAAUGGCUUCCUUGACAAAAAUAAAGACACGCUUUUUCAAGAUUUCAAACGUUUACUUUAUAAAAGUAAUAAUUCCAUAAUUAGUAAAAUGUGGCCUGAAGGUGCCCAAAAUAUUUUAAAGACAACGAAAAGGCCUUUAACUGCUGGCACAUUGUUCCGGAAUUCUAUGAUUGCACUGGUGAAAAACUUAACGAGUAAGGAACCGUUCUACGUUAGGUGUAUAAAACCUAACGAAGUAAAAUCUCCCGUCGUGUUCGACGACGAGAGAGUGAAUCAUCAAGUGAGAUAUUUGGGACUCUUGGAGAAUAUAUUGGUGAGAAGAGCUGGUUUUGUUUACAGGCAACGAUAUGACAGAUUCCUAAAAAGAUAUAAAAUGAUAUCGCAAUAUACGUGGCCAAACUUCCGAGGUGGCAACGAUAAGGACGGUGUACGCACAUUGAUGGAAGAAAAAAAUUUCUCAAAUGAUGUUAAAUAUGGCCACACGAAGAUAUUUAUUCGUUCGCCACAAACCUUAUUUGCAUUAGAGAAGGCCCGCAGCGAUUUAAUACCGGGUAUCGUGAUCCUUCUGCAGAAACAAUGGCGAGGAUAUCUCUGUCGUCAAAAGUACAAGAAGAUGAAGGCCGCGUUAGUUCUAAUGGAUCAUUAUAAAAGAUACAAACGACGUGUUUAUAUCAACGAGCUGGAGCGAACAUUCAGAAAUGCCAAGAGUAUGCAAAAUUAUGGCAAGCAUUUACCGUGGCCGCGCGAAAAUUUCGCUAUAAGAUACAUAGUACCUGCCUUGAAGAAUAUAUAUGCGAGAUGGUGGGCGUGGAUGGUGCUCAGAGUGAUUCCUCGGGAAGAUUGGCCGCAACUACGAUUGAAAAUGGCAGCGGGUGCUGUGUUACGUUCAAAAAGAUCUUACUGGGGCCAAGAUCGUCGCUGGGAAGGAAAUUACUUAUCCAAACAGGAUGAGAAUCCUCAGAGUGAUGUCUUCAAUUCCUCGAUAAACAAUCUUCGAAACACUGAUCAUUUCAAGACUGUCCUGUUUAGCGCGUUUAUCAGGAAAACCAACAGGUUUAACAAGCAAGCGGAUCGUGUUUUGGUAGUAACAGAACAUGCCGUGUAUAAAUUGGACGAUGUGAAAUUUAAAAACAUGAGGAAAGGCAUGCCAAUCGCGGAAAUCACCGGCCUUAGCGUUUCACCGGGAAAGGAUCAAUUUAUCGCGAUACAUUCGAAUCGCGGAAAUGAUUUUAUUCUGUCCAUCACUGCCAAAGAUGACAGGAUCGGAGAGCUAGUUGGCAUACUUAGCAACCGAUACUAUCAAUUGCGCGGCGCCGAUCUGCACGUAACAGUGGACAUCAAGUUUAAAUGCAUGCUAGGCAAUAAAAGCAAAUUAUUACGUAUCGAAGUGAUGCCUGACGUAAACGAGCCUACAUUCAGGAAAGACGGUAAUCAAAUUAUUUAUGCCAUUCCACCAUCAGUAAGUAUUAUUGAUGGUGGCACUAAUACUAGACAACAAAUUCGCACGGCCAGUUAAAAUCUGACAAAUUCGAGGCUGACAAUGUAUCGAAUAUAUUUUAUAAUAAUAUAUAUAUAUAUAUAUAUAUAUAUAGAUUAAAAUAUGUUGAGCAUCAUGAUACUAUUGUUCAGAAAAUCCAACAAUUUCGCGAGACGAUCAGAUUUCGCGUUUGAAAGUUUUCCCAGUUAAAAUGAAUUGAUUGUUCUUUUACAAUGCAUAAUUUUUUAUGCAAUAUUAAUAUUAAUGACGUGUGAACGUUAUGACGUAUGAAGAUGCAAUGCAAUUUUGUUAGUAAGAUUCAAUUGAAAGUCCGAUCAAUGUUUGCAUUUAUUACAUAAUCAUUUCAAUUAAAUGAUAUAUAGAGAAAUUCUUAUUGCAUCCUAUUGGAUCGGCACAUAUAUUGAUCGGAAAUUCAAUUUUUUUUUCUAGAAAAAGUUUUGGCAGGAAUUAUAAUUACAGCAAAUAAUACUUGAUAUAAUCAUGUUUUGUCAAAAAACAUUAAUUUUUCUCUAAUAUCUAUCAAUAUUAUUCACUCUAUCUGUUUCUCUCAACAAGUUUAGUGUUAAUGAAA